UCUGAUGAACUCUUUGUGCUCUCUCUUGGUGGCAAUUGGAAAGUCAAAAACGUGCUUCACUUAUUUUGAACAGCUCUAUCAUUUAAUCAAAUCGGGGCCCUAUUUCACCGGUCCCUUAUCACACAGAUGCACUUAGCAUCAUGUCGGGAAUGUUCAGUGUUUUGUUUUACAUAACCUACAAUAACUGUAAGUUUGUAUUAAACCGUUUGCUUCCAUACUCUAUUAAAGAAGUCACUUUUAUACUUUGACGUCUAAAUUUUAAUAUUGUGACAGUUUAAGGUACUUGAUUCAUGUAAUGCUGUGUAGUACUUUAGUUCAAAUGUAUACGCAACCUGGCAGUGUGAUGCAGCAACCAAUUGCUGAAACAACGGACGACUCCGAGGACAAGGAUGAGGUUGAUGAAGAUGGGGAAGAAGAUGACUCGAUUGAUGAGGAUACAGGUGAGGACAAUGGGGAUCGCAAGAACCACCCCAGUUCAUGCCUCAUCGCUCGCACCAUCACUCUGCAGAUGCUCAUGGCGGAUGGCCUGCUCGAACCGGGAGAGGGUGCAAUGUCUAUAGAAUACAUGGGACAGCGAUUUGUUGGCGACCUCCUAUCUGAUGGAAAAAUUCGAUCACAAGAAACAGAUAUUGUUUUCAUCACUCCAAGUGCAUGGGCAGUGAACUGCAGAAGAAUAAUUAAUCCUGUCAAAAAGUCUGGCUGUGGUUGGGCAUCGAUACGGUACAAGGGUAGAAAAUUAGACGGACUUAAGAAUAUAUUGAUCAACAGAAGAAACGAGGCAAGGAAGAAAUUGUGUGAGGAAGCUAAUGAUUAUGAGUUGGGCGUAGACAAGGAAGCCACAAUGCUAGCACCACCUCCGCCUCCUCCCCCACCGGCUCCUGCAACUACAUCAAGUGCCUCUCCAGGAACUGUAACAACAACAGUUGCAGCGAUGGUCACUGCAACAAGCACUGCUGCUGCUACUGCUGCUACGGCCCUUACCACAGCCACUGCUACAACCACAGCUCUUGCAGCAGCAGCAGCCCUGCUGCCAAAGCCUUAUGUUAGAAUGCCAGUAAAACACCACAACAUUGGAAACCGUACUAGUAUGCAUGACCCAAACAUGCUGGUGGAAUGCACAGCAUUUUCAGCCUUAGGAAAAAUCCAACCCUUUCUUGUCUCAAUAUCCACAAGUGCUUUGUUAGUUGUUGAUUUUCAUUGCCAUCUGACGUCUUCUGAAGUUUGUGGCUACCUAGCUGGACAUUGGGAUGUAAAUGGUCACAAUCUUACAAUCACUACUGCUUUUCCUUGCCGGUCUCGAUUAGAUGAUCAGGCAAAUGGACAAUUGGUUGAGAAAGAAAUCAGGAAAGAAAUAGAACAGCGAGGUUUGAUUCCAGUUGGUUGGUAUCAUUCUCACCCAGUGCUGCCCGCAUCACCAUCUCUUCGUGACAUUGACAAACAGUUAGACCAUGAAAUGCACAUGAAAGGUUCAAGCGACUCAUGCUAUACGCCUUGUAUUGGUGUCAUAUGUUCGCCAUAUUUUACUGAUACGUCUAACGUUGAGUCAAGCAUUGUUGGUUACUGGGUUGCCCCACCCCCAGAAAACAAGCCAUUGGAGUAUGGGAAACCUAUGCUUAUGAAUUAUACGAUUGCUCAGGAUGCAGUGCUACAUCCUGAUGUGGUCAAAGAGCUGACAUCAUUGAUAGAAUUUUACAAGGAGAAGCACGAUUUUCUUGACUUUAAUCAAGUAUACAAAAGUGAUGUUACAUACCUGGAAAAAUUGAAAGCUACACUCAGUCCAAAAUUCCCUCAGGAUCAAGUUGAUGGAAGUCUUUGGGGUUACAUCCGUCAACUUGUGACUCCAGGAUCAGAAGAACGUGAUAGUGACGGCAAUAUCAAGGUUUAUGCACCAGAGACUUCCAUACCCUCCACAACCACCACCGCAACAGCAACCACCAGCACAUGUUCUUCUUCCCUCAUGGUUCCUGUUCAAGUGGGAAACAAGAGUUUGUCUUGCACCUCCGUUUCAAACUCAGUAAAUUCAAAUUGCCACAGUGCAGCGAAUUCAACAUCGUCUACAAACUGUUCUUCUUCAGGGUUCUUCCUUGGAUCUGAUAUGACCAGUGCCAUCCUAGCUGCCGGAAAACUGCCUGCUGGAACAUCUUUGAUGAGUGUUUUGCCUGGGAACAAUCAAAAUAUGUUUAUCUCUCCCCUAGGUCUCAAUUUACUUAACAACACUACUAACAAGGGUUGCAAAACCACAUGCACAUCGGGAAGUAAUGUUUCAAAUUUAGCUACUAUUAGUAGUUUGAAUAAUUUGGGUAAUCUGAGCAAUUUAGGAAGUUUGGGAAAUCUGAGCAUUUCUAAUCUUGCUAAUCUCAACAAUCUCACUCUCAGUAACAUAAGUAAUCUUAGUAACUUAAGCAACCUUGCAAGUAUCAGCCUGAGUAACAAGAAUUUGACUGGAUCAAAUUUACAUACAAAUAAUUUUAGGAACAACAGUUUGAGUGUGUCUAUGACAAAUUCGACCUGCUCACAUGCUUCUCAUCUGUCCACUACUUCUUCCAUAUCUCAGUCAUUAAACUCAGUUGCAUCUGUAUCUUCAUCAAUGUCAACUCCAUUGUGCUCUGUAAGUAGUGUAAAAAACAGCAAUAAUGGUCAGCAAACAUCAAAUAAUGAUGUUCUUAAAAAAGUGGACAGUAUAACUUGCAUGGCUUCUACAAAUUUUGUCAAAGAGGAUACUGUUUUAGGAACAAAUAAUUCGGCAGGGAAUGCAAGUCCAGUAAACAACUUAUCCUCUAUGAAUAAUUCAACCUCCGUCAACAGCACAAGUGAUCUUAAUGGUAGCAAAGCUUCAAACGAUAGUCCUUCAGAAAGUGAUGCUGAACGUCCAGCAAAAAUCCCUAAACUUGAUGGUACAUCAGUUGUCACGAGAUAAACCAAGCAAUGCUUUAGGCCUUUUAACUUAUGAUGUAUUUGUAUCUUUUUUUGUCACAUAUGUACAUAGUAAUCCUUCAUUUUGCAGAAAAUAUUUUAAUGUGUAGUUUUAAUGAUUCUUUUCUGGAAAGUGUCCUUUUCCCUGUAUUAUUUGCAUUUUUUGAUAAUGUUUUGACAAAUCACUCUACCUGCUGCUGAGUGGAUCUUUGACUUUCAGAGAAUAUUUUGCCGUAUUUAAGCUUAAGUGGUUUUAUCUUUUUAUGCUUAUACGUAUCAAGCUGACAAGUUCAAAAAUGUCAACAUUCUUUUUGAUGACAACAUAUAUUCUAUAUAUGUACUUAAAUCAAUGAUUGUUGACUUAAAACUGUAAUUUUAGUUGAGUGUUUAGAACAUUUAUUGCUUUUGUUGAACACUGUUUUAGUACCUAAUUCAAUUUCAUGAUUGGUGUGGUUCUUAGAGACAGCAGAAUGCACCAAACACAGGCUUUGUUUUCUCUUCUCUUUCUUCAGUAAAGUUGAAAUAAAUUUGAUAGCAAGUUUCAUCAUGGCUUGGCAUGUGAUUUUAAUUCCUAAAUUUGUGAAUAAUUGUUAAGGCAACAAUUGUGACUUGUUUUCAAAAUCCAGUGACUAUCAUGCUAUGUGCAAGGUGUAGAGGGCACUUACGUUUUAGGGAUAGCAUUCAUUUUAGUGUAUGAGUUUGAUUGGUUGCUGUGAAAACAUAAAAGUUCUGUUUACCAUUUUGCAUGACCCUAAAGACAUUCUUCUUCCAAUAUCUUCUUGUGUUGAUAAAAGGUAAAUGUCCUCCUGGUAAUAUAUUUAGUAAUGAAUAUUUUAAAAAAAUUGUACUUUACAAGUAACUUGGGACAAUGUUUAGUGUUGCCUCUGCUAGUUCUCAGGACACAAAAAAAUUCAUGAGAAUUUUGUUUGAUUGUUUGCAUUUAUUGUAGGUGAUUUAUGAACUAGGUUUUUUUUUACAAGUGUGCAUAACUGACCAACCUCUCUAUUUGAAAGCAUAAGAUCUCAAUAAAAUUGUAAGUUACACUUAACAAACGAAUCAUGUGUAUGUGUAUUUUUAGAUACAUGGAAAGUAUUAUGUAUUUUAUCAACUUCUGUGAUGCAUGAAAUGUAUAUUUUAAACUUAAGACUCGGAAUUCUCCCCUAUUUAGUUGAGGUGGUGUAUAAAUCAAUAAAGUAGUUUGUCUUGCUAAAACAUGAAAACAUGAUGAUUGUAGCUUGAAGUGUUGCAUCAAUUGUGACAAAUAAAAAAUUAUGAUAAAGAAUCUUA